AUGUCCGAUAUGAAUGGUUUGCAAAGCUUGAAGGAAGAAUUGGUCCAACAAUUGUGUGAGAUUGGAGCUUUAAAGUUUGGAAAGUUUACCUUAAAAUCUGGAAUUGUUUCUCCUUUUUAUGUGGAUUUAAGAAUUAUUCCGUGCUAUCCUAAAAUGUUGGCUCAAAUUUCAGAGCUGUUUUACAAUCUGAUGACUGAAAGACAAUUGGUGGCGAAUAUGGAUAAAAAGGUCAUUUGUGGUGUACCAUACUCUGCAUUGACAUUUUCAUCAUGCAUGUCUGUGUCACAUAACUUGCCAAUGGUUAUUUGCAGAAAAGAAAGAAAGCAAUAUGGAACAGGAAACAUGGUUGAAGGUGUCUUUGUCAAGAAUGAAACCAAUUGUUUGUUAAUUGAGGACGUCAUCACAAGUGGCGCAAGCAUAAUGGAAACAGCAGAAAAGCUUGAGAAUGAAGGAUUAAUUGUCACAGAUGCCCUUGUAUUUUUGACAAGAGAACAACUACCAUUUGCAAAUAAUAUGCAUGUCUUGAAGAAGGGUGACAAGGAGUAUCGAGUCCAUCCAUGCUUGACCAUGUCAGAAGUGUCACAAAUCUUUGUGAAACUUGGCAAAAUGACUCAAGAAACACGUGAGGAAAUUCUCACUUUCAUUGCAAACAACAAAUUCCCACAAGAAACUCAGCAACCACAAGCUCCAAAAAAGAAGGAACUCAGCUUUGGAGAGCGAGCUCAGUUAUCUAAUAACGAAUUUUCUAAGAAGCUAUUUACUUUGAUGGAACAAAAGCAAACAAAUUUGUGUAUUGCUGCCGAUAUUACCAGUAAGCAAGAUUUAUUGAAAUUGGCGGAGGAGUGUGGUUCUGAAAUUUGCAUGUUGAAAACUCAUGUCGACACUUUGGAUGAUCAACCUGAUGAAGAGUUUACCAAACAGCUCAAGGCACUUGCUGAAAAGCACAACUUUUUAAUUUUUGAAGAUCGAAAGCUCGCUGAUAUUGGAAAUGUCGUCAAGCAACAAUAUGCAAGAGGGCCAUUCAAAAUCGCUCAAUGGUCAGAUCUUUGUAAUGCUCAUAUGGUGAGUGGUGGUUCAUCUCUGGUCAAGGCUCUCAAAGAGGCUUUGAAAGAAGAAUCGAUCAAUGAGGAACGAGGUUUAUUAUUAAUUGCCCAAAUGAGUACUGAAGGAGCUACCACGAAUGAAUCAACCCAACAAGAGGCAUUACGUGUUGCACUUGAACAUCCAGACUUUGUGAGUGGUUUUAUUUGCCAAAGCAAACUCAGGGAUGACUUAGAUCAAUUUUUGUAUUGCACUCCAGGAGUGAGACUUGACGUUAAGGGAGAUUCCCUUGGACAACAAUACAACUCCCCAGAAUAUGUGGUGUGUGAAAAGAAGUGUGACGUAAUUAUUGUAGGAAGAGGUAUUUAUCACGAUAAGGAUCGCAAGGGAGCUGCUCAGCUCUAUAGAAAACUUGGAUGGGAUGCUUACUUGAAGAGAUUAAAUCAUCAAUGA